AAGCGAAACGAAUUUACUGACUAAGCUGUGUAAAUAAUGCGCAAGUACCUAGACCCGGCGUACCGGUAUCCUGCCAAGCUGCCUCCAAGGCUAAGCCUGACCGGGCAGGGUUGCACGCAGUGUCGGCCUUGCGACCAACGAUAUAUAUUUAACGCCCUAAAGAAUGUGUUUAGCUUGUAAUAUGGCGGUUUGGAGGCGCCUAGCAUGAUGUUCUUAAGACAGAACAAGCGACGUUACGCAUACUGCCCCCCAUCUAAGCAAAGGCGAGAGACAGACGCUUUCCUGCCUCGUACAGCAUCCCAACGUACGUGUAUCCGAACGUGGGCCAACUACUCCCGACUCGAUGAAACUGGUAGCGCAAAGGCUCCGAUAGACACGCUGCGUAGUCUCAGUUAAACAUACAAAAUGGAGCACAACGGCCGCCAGAAGCGAACGCCAGCUGCUGCGGGUGUUGGCCCGACACCCCUGGCGCUUAGGCCGCGCGUCAACUUUGGGAAACUUGAUAUCGCAUCCCUAAGAAGAUAUUCACGUAUUCAUAAGCUGGUCGGCGUACCACCGGCUGCCACAAAGGACCAACUUGUGGCUGCUGUCACGCGCCAUUUCGCUGCUCAGGUGGUAAAUGAUGAGCUCAAAGUAAUCGCAGCCUUUGUCACAGCGGUCCAACGGCGUCAAUCGCUUGCACAGCAGCCAGGGCGAAAAUGAAGCAUGGCAAGGACGCUUGACGUAGCGGCUAUGGAGGGCGGCUGCUUUCAGUUGACCCAUUGGGGAAUAAUGUCCUGGGUAGGGGUAGGGGCACACAGCUUAAGGGCACGGUGUUCCUUUGGUGUAAUACCCUGACACAACAGGAACACGCGACCAUGUAGGAAGUAGGAAACACGUUGGGACGUCUUGGGUAUGUGGGGCAGAUGAGGUUAGCGGGUAGGAAGUUGGAUACUGCGGGAACUUGCAGGCGCGCGUUUGGCUUGGGAAGGACGUAAGCUACCGCGCUUCCCAAAGGCGGAGUUGCGCAUGUCGUCCUUUGCAUAUUGCUGGGUGUCGGCAAUCCGGUGUGGCUCGCCAUUUACGUGCAUGUUGGUUCAAGGUUCAUAAUCAAUGUCCAUUUUGUUGUAUGUAUCUAUGCACUUAACUAAAACUUGGCGCAGAUGCCUCUAUCCAAUGUAUGGUAGUUGACAGUAGGUUGACCACACAACGGAGGCUGCAUUGUUGACAGGCCUUCUGAUAUUGUAGCGGGGUGAAGUAGUACUUGGGUUCUGACGCUGUGACAGGCCCCGACUGCAGCCACCGAACGCGCUUGCUCUGCUUUGCCUAUCCAAGCAGCGACAGGCGUGAACAUUGGUUUGGGCAGCUGCGGGGCUAUGCUUACUUGCAAGGACGUGUUAUUGUGUUUGCUGUGGGCACUUCGGACAAUGAUGACGUCCUUCAUCAGGCUAUAACUGUCAUGUGGGGAGGCAUGGUGCUUGGUUACCCUGCGGUUUCCAAACCCUGUGCUUGGUAAUCUGUGCUUAGGGCCUACUAAAGGCUGUUGCCUGUGGUUUUCGUUUCAAUAGGGUCUGUGGACCAUUAAGCGUUUAGGUGGCUUUGCCCCUGCUUCGUGCUGGAGUGGCUGGGGCGCUCCUCGCUCGCUGAUUGCUUAUGAUGGCGGGCAGUUGUAUGGGACGAAGAUCAUGGUUGGCAUCGCAGGGUUUGGACCAGAUUUUGUUAUCGUUUCUUCAUAUAUUAGUGCCAUCCUUGCAUGGAUGGAUGGCGCAGCACCCGCACAAUCGCUCGUUUGAUCCAAAUUCGUACUCUGACGAUAAGCCGUCAGAUGGAGAUGGUGAAAUAUACAAGUACGUAUGUAAGCGCAGGCCUCCGGUAGGUAUAAGAUAUUCACAAUGAUUUGACUGAUGUCUUCCCGUUCAUGAAAUCGUACUGCAGCUGGAGACCAUGAACUUUCAGGAGCUUCGUAUCAGUAAUAGGGAAAAUUGUAACAGAUGAUUGGAUGAGGUAUUUGGCACAGGCAUCUCCCAACCUAGUUCCCUACGGCUUUAUGCAUCGCUAGGCGGAAACGGUUUCCUCUGCAAUUAGGCAUUAGUCUUGGAUGAAGAGAAUUACGCUAGAGGGUUGGCUUAAAACUGGAUCACUCGUCUUAACUACGGAAUACCGGUAGCCAUGGCGGGGUCGGAACUGUUCGAGCUUGACUUUGAAGGAGCUGCUGAAGCACAGCCAGCGCACUCGGCUGCAACAUCGACGCCAAACGACAAGUACCUUCAACCGAAUGAAACGCCCCCGUCUGCGGGCGUCGGUAUGGCGCAACCCGUUCGCUCGCGGGCACCCCGACUUAUCGCAGAGGACCCGGAAAAAAGACGCAUAGUAGGACGUCCAGCAGCUGCUGCUCACAGCGACAAACCACCCAGCGCUAAUGCGCCUGAGGAAUCAACGAGCGACGUCUCUGUCCCUGAGCAGUCGAUCGCCCCGACACCUCCCGCACCGCCAGUGUUCGAAGGUGCCGGACUAGCAGAGGCGGGCACGCUCCGCAAACAGGCCCCGGGCCAGGAGGAGGAGGACGAUGAGUUCAACUACGCCUUCGAGGGCGGGCAGCGCGAGGGCGGAUUCCACAAGCAGGUGUUCCGACCCAAGGCCAUGCCUGCGCACCUGGUUAGCAAUGUGAAGCAGCGGCUGAACACGGAGGUCCUAGCAGAGGAAGAAGAGGAGGAGGAAGAAGAAGAGGAGGAGGAGGAGGGCUGCAGCGGUGCAGUGGGGGAGGCUGGGCGGGAGGAGGAGGAGGACGAAGGGCAACUGGAGGAGGAGGAAGAGGACAAACAGCAGUCCAGAAGCAGGGAUGCCGGCAAAAUGAACUCCUGGACUACCUUUGCGGUUUCGGAGGGCAACAUUGACACUCUGGGAGACGAAGCGGCGGCGGCGGUGGCGGCGGGAGCCGGCGGGUCGGGCUCUGUCACAGGUUCGGGCAGCGGGCUGGCGCAUGGGUUGCGCGGGGAGCUGGUGGGGGCGGCUGGGAGCGCGACAGUUGAGGAUCUUCCUUCGUACAAGGUCAUACACGCGCUGCAAGGCGCCAGCAACCCAGGAGGGACGUCGGGGUCGGGGCGGCUGUCGGCCACUCACUCGGCGGGUCCCUCCUCAAGUCGGGGCAUGUCGGGGGCUCAGGUGGAGUCCCUCGGAGCCCCCGCGGACACCUCCCCCAGGCCCGGCAGCAUCAUCAGCACCGCACAGUUGACAGGCCUCCUGGGCCAGGGCGCGCUCUCCCCUCGUACACACAACCUCGACCACUCUCCACCGCAAAACCAACAGCAACCGCAGCAGCACCAACCGCUCGCACUGGCAGCGGCAGCCCCCUGCAAGGGCACCCUCUCACCCUCGUCGCCACCACAAGUGAAGGACACACCCGCGCUGAGCGUCGUACCGCCCACGCCACCGCCGCUGCCAUCCCCUAGCUCAGCUGCAGCAGCAGGAGUGGCAGCGGCUGCAACGCCUCGAAGCAGCGGCCCCUUGUCUCCCAGUACAAUCCGUUUGGAGCCCACAUCACCAGCACCGCCGCAACAGCAGCAGCAGCGGCUGCAGCUCUCACCCGCUGGCCGCACGGCAGCAGCGGCGGCGGCGGCACAGCCGUCACCGUCGGCUCGCUCUGCUGCCGCCACGGCAGGGGGUUCGGUGGCAGGAGGUGCGGCGGUGGAUGACGAGUGGGAGGCGGCGAACAGGGAGCGCAGGAUGGAGAUGGAACGGCCGCAGAUGUCCUCAGGCGGUGGCGGCACGCCCCAUGCCACCGCCAGCACCCUGCUGACCUACCCCGAGGCUAUGAUGUACUACAUGUCCUUGGACACCUCGAUGACCCGUGGGUCGGUCCUGGCCUCGCUGCCGCCGCCGCCCGGCUUCUUCGCGCGGCUGCUGUGUCUGGGGCCCCCGGACCUCAGACCGCCCUUGCUUCGAGAGCAGCUGCUGCAGCUGCUGUCUCUGGCGCGGGUGCCGUUUGACAACGAGGACUUGAUGCACGUGCGGCUGCUCAACUCCCUGUAUGCUGCGUUUACUGGCAAGAGCCCCGACCAGCCUCGGUACGGCAGCCACUGGGCGGAUGUGGGCUUCCAGGGCCAGGACCCCGCCACCGACCUCCGCGGCAGUGGGAUGCUGGGGCUGCUGCAGCUGCACUUCCUGGCGCACUGGGACAGCGGCGCUGCCCAGAAGAUGUACGCCCUCUCUCGCCACCCGGUUCACGAGUUCCCGCUGGCCAUUGUGUCCAUCAACGUCACCCGCUGGACGCUGACGGCUCUUCGCUCCGGCUCGCUGCACCGCGCCGCCAACAGCCGCGGCUCUAGCGUGGAGGCGGCGCAGCAGUUCUACGCGGGCGCCAUGGUCACCUUUUACGAAACCUGGCAGGCGGGUGGGAAGACCAUGGCGGACAGCGGGCAUGUGCUGAAGGAGGUGGAGGCCCUGGCGCUGAAGAGGCCGGGAGCAAUGCUGGCGGCAGCGGAGCGGACUGACCUGCCCGACCCGCCGGUCGUUGCUUGAGCCGCCACCAUCUGCCUCAAGGGAGGUGGAGGGGUGGCUCUUGGAUACCGUACACAGCAUCGACAGGGCACGGCAACAAGGGACGUGGCGAUAAGGCCAAUAUGAUGGUCGUUAUGUAGAGGGGAUGGCAACGUUUGGGGCGUCACGUUUGUUCGGUUCCCUUUAUUGUUGGGUAAGGUACCGGUGCCCUCAUCUUGGCGUUAUACCACUCUCUUUUCAGGCCUCUUGCAUCUUGUAGCGCGUUGGAUAUCCUAUAUGCUAUGCUAUCAAGUGGUUUCUUAAGUCCGUGUCAUGUGGAGAGCCGGUGGGUUUAAACCGUUAACCGCUGUUGCACUCGAGUGGGAGAACAGUGUUGCAAUGGGCAAUGGACUGAAUGCGACCAAACGAGUGAGUGGAGGCUGUGUUGGUGACGGCGUAUGGUGCUCCAGCUGGAUGAUUGGAGACGGUGAGAGGGACGCCCAUGCAAUGGCCUUAUGAGCGUUUUACAUGUCCUUGUGGGGGGUGGCGACUUUGGCCGUUGACCGGGGCCAGAGGUCUGUGCUUGACUGUUGGUGAACUAACCUAUCCAACUGAUGUUUGCGGUAGCAGAAAAAGAGCCUUGCUGCCGAGCUCAUGUCAUGCCUCUUCACUCCCUCCAUUGAGUGUGGGUUUGUUGUUAAGUUUUAGGUCAGUGACGACCGGGAAUGCAGUUGUGCGCAUGCACUUUGGACUUAAAUUGACCGCAUGUUGAGUGUUUUAGAAGCGUUGUGUACCGGUAUCCCACCUUGCUCCUUGCGUGUGGUUGUGUAAGCGUGCCUACCGAUUUCACAGUCGCUACAUGCGCUUUUUACAGCGUGGUGAGGGCAUGGGGUAGGGUAGUCUGCUGAUAAUCAGUGCCUUUGGGCAGUAUGCGCGUGUUCUUGGUCGGAAAUGUGACGCAAGAAGUUAUGGCACCCUGCACCAGAGCUGGAUGGCGGACGAAGCCGGGCCCAUCCUUUAAUACCGCUACCCUCGUCAUACGUAAGCACACUAAGGACCGAAGGACGCGUGCGACGGU